GCGGUGCGACUCCACCGCUGGAGAAGUAGCCGCAGCGGUGAGGAGAGCCAUGGGUCAGGCGGCCAAGGUUUUACAGCUCUUUAAAAUACUGCACAGGACCAGACAACAAGUUUUUAAAAAUGAUGCUAGGGCAUUAGAAGCAGCCAGAAUAAAGAUAAAUGAAGAAUUCAAAUGUAAUAAAAGUGAAACUUCUCCUAAGAAAAUAGAAGAGCUAAUAAAAAUAGGUUCCGAUGUUGAAUUGAUGCUCAGAACAUCUGUUAUACAAGGUAUUCACACAGACCACAAUACGCUGAAAUUGGUCCCCAGGAAAGACCUUCUUAUAGAAAAUGUGCCAUAUUGUGAUGCACCAACUCAGAAGCAAUGAAUUUUUGUAGAAUAAAAUUGUCUUUGUCAUUUUUAAUUUUAAAAUAUAUAACUCU